UAUGUUAUGUUAAUGUUAUGAUGCGAUCUAACUAAGCCACAUACAUCGAAACCCAACGAACACGAACACCGCAAAACGCAACUCAAAAACGAACACCAUCAAUGAUGGCUUCGGCGUUCGUCAAGCUCGAUGAUUCUCCAAUGUUCCAGAAGCAGGUAUUGUCUCUUGAAGCAAAUGCUGAUGAGUUAAAGGAUCGGUGCCAGAAGCUGUUCAAAGGAUGUAAGAAGUUUAUGACAGCUUUGGGGGAAGCAUAUAAUGGAGAAAUUGGCUUUGCUGAUUCAUUAGAAAUAUUUGGCGGUGGCUUGGAUGACCCUGUUAGUGUGUCAAUUGGAGGACCGGUCAUAUCUAGAUUUGUUACUACAUUACGUGAGCUAGCUACUUUUAAAGAGCUUCUUCGUUCGCAGGUUGAACAUGUGAUGAUUGACCGGCUCGCAGAGUUUAUGAAUGUUGAUUUGCAAGAGGCAAAGGAUUCUCGGAAACGUUUUGACAAAGCUAUGCAUUCUUAUGAUCAGUCACGAGAAAAAUUUGUAUCUUUGAAGAAAAAUACGCCGGAAGACGUUGUUGCUGAAUUAGAAGAGGAUCUACAAAAUUCGAAGUCAGCAUUUGAAAAAAGUCGCUUCAAUCUAGUACACUCUCUCAUGAAUAUCGAAGUGAAAAAGAAGUAUGAGUUCUUGGAGUCCAUUAGUGCGAUAAUGGAUGCUCAUCUAAGAUACUUUAAGCUGGGCUAUGAGUUAUUGAGCCAAAUGGAACCGUAUAUUCACCAGGUGUUAACAUGUGCACAACAAUCUAAAGAACUAGCUAAUAUUGAACAAGAUAAGCUUGCAAAACGAAUCCAAGAAUACAGAACACAGGCUGAGUUGGAAAGCACACGAGCUUCUAACAACACGGAACCCUUGCCAGGUGCUGAUGGCACACAUGUUGUAGGUUUGAACACUUACAAAGGCUUUGAAGGAGGGAUGCAGCCUGCGGCCAAAGGGGAGGUUCAAACAGUUAAACAGGGCUAUCUAUUAAAACGCUCUUCAAGCUCACGAGGAGAUUGGAAACGGAGGUUCUUUGUACUUGAUAACCAGGGGAGUUUAUUUUAUUACAGCAUGAAGGGACCCAAACCCAAGGGUGCUCAGUCAUAUAAUUAUAAUCGUCCUCCUGAACAAAAUAGUGGCAUGUUUGGUAGAUUUCGAUCAAGGCACAACAGGUCAUCAUCACAAAAUGAGGAUGCUUUGGGUUGUUGUUCAAUUGAUCUGUGCACAUCCUCUAUAAAGAUGGAUGCAGAGGAUACAGAUCUACGUCUUUGCUUCCGUAUAAUUUCUCCCUCAAAAACAUAUACACUGCAGGCAGAAAAUGAAGCUGAUAGGAUGGACUGGGUAAACAAAAUUACUGGGGCUGUCACGUCGCUCUUUAAUUCUCACUUUCUUCAACAGCCUCGUUAUGAUAGAGAAAAUAGAAACUCAGCAACUGGUGCUUCGUCAACUAGUCAAUCAGAGGAUGGUGACAAAUAUUUGAUGGAUGACAUAUAUCCAAAGGAAGUCCAUAGUGUCUCCAAGAUUUUAAGGGGAAUUCCUGGGAAUGAUAAAUGUGCUGAAUGCAGUGCUACUGAUCCGGACUGGGCAUCUUUAAACCUUGGCAUAUUACUCUGUAUAGAAUGCUCUGGAGUGCAUCGAAAUCUUGGAGUUCAUAUCUCGAAGGUGAGAUCUAUAACGUUAGAUGUUAAGGUAUGGGAGCCUACUAUUUUGGAGUUAUUUGAUAAGUUGGGUAAUGCUUAUUGUAAUUCGAUAUGGGAAGGCAUGCUUCUACUUGGUAAUGAAAGAGUAGGUGAAUCAAAUGGGCCAGCAAAACCAUGUUUCAUGGAUGCCUUCCAAGAUAAGGAAAAGUACAUACAGGCAAAGUAUGUACAGAAAUCAUUAAUUAUCAGAGAAGAGGAUAUUCCCGGGAAUCCUUCAGUUUCUGUAAGAAUCUGGCUAGCAGUUCAAGCUAUGGAUGUACGAGAAGUAUAUCGCCUUAUUGUAAUCUCAAACUCAAAUGUAGUAAAUACGAAAUAUGAUGAUGUGGUUUCCCAUGCUGAUGCUAAAGCCCUGGACUUAGAAUGUAUUAUAUUGGAAGGCCAUGAGCAGGAUUCUGAAUCUUGCCUCAGCAUUAAACAGACUAAUGAGACACAGAAGUGUUUCCAUGGUUGGUCAUUAUUACAUCUAGCAUGUCAUUCUGAACAUGCACUAAUGGUUGAGUUGUUACUUCAAUUUGCUGCUGAUGUAAACAUGCAAGACUAUCAUGGUAGAACUCCCUUGCACCAUUGCAUCACCGGUGGAAAAAAUUCACUGGCGAAGUUUCUGUUGAGAAGGGGUGCUAGACCGUCAGUUAAAGAUGCCGGCGGACUCACUGUACUUGAAAGAGCAAUGGAGAUGGGGGCAAUAACCGACGAAGAACUAUUCAUCAUGCUUGCUGAACACCAGUAAAGAUGGAAACGGUGGCAGCUAAAACUUUGAUAUGGUGUGGAAUUCGGAGACUAACAGCUCCUUCCUUUUAUGAAACCGAACCUCUGCUGAUUGCAUUUUGAGACUCCAAAAUCCAUUUUACAACACAAAAACUACCUAAUUGAGAAAUGACAAUUAUUAUAGUAAUGUGCUAUAUCUUAUUGUGUACUUUACAUUCAUUGAUUUUUUGGUUUGAAGUUCAAUCAGAAAAGCACGUGUACAGGUGUGUAAACAAGGCACAUUUUGAUGCCUUCGUUGGAUUAGAUUUGAAAACCAUUAAUGUUUUGCCCUCACUUCAAAUUCGAGGUGUUUGAUGGAAUUUAUUAAUGUGG